AUGACUUAUGGACCGGCAUGGGCUCGUUGGCCUCGCAUCAUCAUCUAUACCUCUGUCGGCGCCAGCUAUGGCGUUUUCUCUUUACUGGGCUUGAAAUCACUGCAGAUCAAGGACGAAGUGAUCGCAAGCAUCAGUGGGAACGAUGAGCUGGGACAGAUCGUCGAGCAGGUGUUGCCUCUAGGCAUCCGACUCAUCGAUCUCAACGUGUCAAUCUCCAACAUCGCUUUUCCUUUGGCCGCCUUUUCAGCACUUGGCGGUCUGACGCUGCUCCUCGUGCUCAUCUUUAGCAUUCUUGCUCUCUUCCGGGAUAUCUAUCGAUUCGAAACCGAGAGAGCGCCAAAGAUAAGGUCGAUCCUGCUUGGAGCCUUGCUUCCUGCCCUCUUCGGCAUCUCUAUCUGGGCGAUGAUCGUUGUCGCAAAACAGGACAUCAUCAUUACCGAUCCGUAUUUCGACGGUUCGAUCAUCAAAGAAACCCUGUCGACCUUGUUCAAGGUCCAUCUGGAAUAUCGUCACUAUCCGCUGCUGUUUUGGACCUGCUCGUUCGCGUUUGCCACGUCGUCCCUCACCUUUAUCGCCUUUCUGAUCAACGUGAGACACAUCAGUAUCAUGCGUGCGCACGUCAGAGCAAAGGAGCAAGCAUGGGCGCAGAGGUCGCCAAACGAAAAGACACCCGCGAGUCCUCAACGCGACUCGCGCAUCGACCUAAUUUGA